AUGAACCUGUUCGCCACCUGGGAGAUCGACCGCUCGGCGCCCAGCUGCGUGCCCCGGCUCUGCAGCCUGCGCCUGAAGAAGCUCACCGUGCUGAGGGAGCUGGACAAGGAGCUGAGCUCGGUGCUCAUCGCUGUGAAGAUUCAGGGUUCAAAGCGAGUCCUGCGAUCCAAUGAAUACGUCCUUCCACCCGGGGGCCUGAUGGAGACUGACCUGGAACUGACUUUUUCUUUACAGUACCCGCAUUUCCUGAAGAGAGAUGGCAACAAGCUGCAGAUUAUGCUGCAGCGAAGGAAGAGGUACAAGAACCGCACAAUCCUGGGCUACAAGACUCUGGCGGUGGGAGUCAUUAACAUGGCGGAGGUGAUGCAGCACCCCACGGACGGAGGGCAGCUUCUGGGCCUCCACAGCAACAUGAAGGAUGUGAGCAUCCGAGUGGCUGAAAUCAGCAUCUACUCCCUGUCCAGCCAGCCCAUUGACCACGAAGAUGGCAGCGUCCCCUCCGGCCCCAAAAUCAAAGCCUCGGAUCGCUCUCCAGACAUGGAUAACUACUCGGAGGAGGACGACGACAGCUUCUCUUCAGAGCAGGAGGCCAGCGAUGAUGCUGUACAAGGCCAGGAUCUGUACGACGAAGAGGAUGAAGUGAGGAAGCCGAAGAAAGCCCGGAGGAAAAUGAUCAGAACCACAUCCAUGAGCAGGCAACCGAACUUCAAGCAGAAAUUCGUUGCUUUGCUGAAGAGAUUUAAAGUGAUGGAUGAGGUUCUGGACUCCGACCCGGUGGGUCAGACCCGAGAAGUGGAGGAGGACCUGGGGCUGCUCUACGACAGCUUGGAGGAAUGCAACAACAGCGACAGCGGCCCCGAGCUGGAGGAUAACGAGAGCGUGCACAGCACCCCCAAGCCCACCCUGAGGCGUUUCUUUGAGGGCGUCUCUCACUCGGGUUCCCAGACUGAGAUCGGCAGUCUGCACGGCCAGAAAGGGCAGGAACAGGAGUCCGGCAGCCCUGGACAAGCAGAGAAGCGAAAGGCUGGAGCUCCGCGGGCCCUGGAGGAGGUGGGCGUGGAGGUGGUAACCGCGGUGCUGGAGGCGGAGGAGCCCUCCCCACGCCCCGGGGCGGCAGAGGCAGCCGGGCGGGAGAGCAGUGUUGACAGGCUGGCCCAGCUGGCCAGCGCCGGCAAGCCCGAGCCCCCAAACGCUGUGUCGCCCAGCAAAGCUGAGAGCAGACAGGUGUGGCGGCCCCGCAGCACCUCCAUGAAGGACCGGCAGAACUCGAAGGGGCAGAGCGACCGCGCCAGCAGCCUGGACAGCGAGAGCUCGCCGGACUCACGGCACAGCGCCCAGGUGCCCCGGAAAUCCGUCUAUGAUCAGCUGAACCAGAUCCUGAUCUCAGACGAGCAGCUUCCGGAGAGCAUCGUCCUGGUGAAUGUCGCCGAGUGGCAAGGGCAGUACCUGAGCGAGCAGCUCCAGGCGCACAGACAACCCGUCGUCUCCACCUGGUCCGUGGCUGACGUCCAGGCUGCCUUCAACACCAUUGUCGCCCGCAUCCAGAGAUACUGUAACUGCAACUCUCACAUGCCUCCCCCAGUCAAAGUGGCCGUGGCAGGGGACCAGAGCUACCUGAGCAUCGUGCUGCGGUUCUUCGUGGAGCAGCUGGCCAGCAAGACCCCAGACUGGCUGAACUACCUCCGCUUCCUUGUGGUGCCACUGGGCUCACACCCGCUGGCCAAGUACCUGGCGUCUGUGGAUGGGAGGUACAGUGCCCUCUUCCUGGACACGGCGUGGAGGGAGCUGUUCAGCCGGGCCGAGCCCCCCAGCGCAGACACCGUGGACGUCCCUGGCCGCGUGGCUCAGUUCAUUGCAGGAGCCAGCCAGUCUCACCAGCUGCCCAUCUCCGAGGCUAUGCUGACAUACAAACAGAAGAGGAAGAGAAGCCUCUAUUUUGAUUUUUAUAUCAGCCCAGACGACGACUCCUGCCAGAAGUUUGUGCCAUUUGUUGGGGUGGUGAAGGUGGGGCUCGUGGAACAGUCCUUCAGCGCCUCAGUGGACUCUGACGACGCCACGGUCUGCACCAGUUCCCUGCUGAGCUCCGCACCUCCAGCCAGCGCAGGGACCCCCCACAGCAAGGAGGCCAUGGGCACCCCACCGCCCUCGCCGUCUGUCAGCAGCGGCCUCUCGGGGGUUGGGUCCCUGAGCCCCGGCGUGGAGGUGAUGGGCCUGCAGGUCGACUACUGGACAAGCCAGGGGCCGGAGAAGAAGAAGGAGGGAGAGAAGCGGGAGAUGGGCUUGAAGAACACACUGAAGAGCAACUUCCGGUCGCUGCAGGUCAGCCGCGUGCCCAGCGCCGGGGAGCUGGUCCCCCCCAGCACCAUGGCCAUGACCGUGGUCACCAAGGAGAAGAACAAGAAAGUGAUGUUCCUGAGUAAGAAACCCAAGGAGAAGGACCUGGAGCCCAAAAGCCAAGUCAUCGAAGGGAUUACGCGCCUGAUCUGUACGGCUAAGCACCAGAACACCAUGCUCCGAGUGUCCAUCGACGGCGUGGAGUGGAACGACGUGAAGUUUUUCCAGCUAGCAGCGCAGUGGCCAACACACGUCAAGCAUCUCCCCGUGGGCAUCUUUGGCUACUCGAAGAGUGUGUGA